AUGCCUUCUUCAAAUUUACCGCCCGAACUGUUACUUCUAAUCUUUGGUUACCUUAAAGAUACGGAAGACAUUCGUGAACUGCUUUCUUGUGCUCGAGUCAACAAAAACUGGCAUUAUACUGUUACUCACUUUUUCAUUUGGAACACAGCGCGCUUCAAAAAAAUUAAAACGUUCUUUGCCUUUCUUGACAUACUUCGAAGAAUUGCAUGGACAAGGAAACAACGUGCGUUUGCAAACUGGGCAAAACUUAUUGCCGGGCUCUUGGAAAAAAAGAAAAUCAAGCUUAAAAAAGUAGACAUUACUUCAACGCCUAUUCAACCGAUCACAACUACACAUUGGCACUCGACACAUCCUUACGGGUUUUCGGUCGAGACUCUUGAUCUUUCAUUGUUGGAGCAUAAGAAUGGAGUCACUGACAGAAUGCUCAUUGAUCUUUUUAAUCAGACCCCGAAUCUUGUUAAAGUUGACUUGUAUAAUUGUUAUACGCUCACUGAUAAAGCUAUCGACGCGUUGACUAUGCAAUGUCGUCAUCUGAAGGAAUUGAGAUUGUUUGGGUGCACAGGUAUCACGGAGAGAUCGGUAAUAUUCUUACAGCAAAAAUGCCCGAAAUUAACAAAAGUAGAUAUAGGCAUGUGUCAUCACAUUCAUCUGUAUACACUUGAUAAGGAAUGGGCAUCACUGAGGCAUCUUGAUAUAAGCUUUCGUUAUGAUUUCAAAGAAAGACAGAUAAUGGAUAUUGUAAAAAGGGUUCCAAAUCUCGAAUAUCUGAAUUUAUUUCGAUGUUCAUUGACAGAUGGAUUAUUGAACUCUUUGCUUCCACUACUACCUCGUCUCCGAUUUCUUAAUAUAGGUCAAUCCACAUACAGCCUUUCCGAUGAGGUUGCAAAAGCAAUAGCAAUGCAUGUUCCAAAUCUUCGUCAAUUAUCAAUACAAAAUUUAGAGAUCACCUCUAAAGGAAUUCUCGUCAUAGCACAAAAAUGUCAAAAUUUGACCGCAAUAGACAUGUCACGAUGCGCAAAAAUCACCGAUGUCGGGAUAAAGUACUUGGUACGCUACGCGAAAAACAUCAACGACAUCAAUUUACUGGGAUGUACCCAGUUAACUGAUAUUGCGUUCGUAUCUCUUGGUGAGCUUGGCGAGAAGUUGGAUCGCGUAGUUGCGCAUUUUUGUGAACUGACAGACGUUGGGUUGAUUUCUCUCGUGUCGAAAUGUUUGAAUUUGAAAUGCUUGAAUUUAGAGUAUUGUAAGUAUCUUACGAGUGCUUCGUUGGGACGAUUGCCAGAAUUUUGCAAGUCUUUGGAGGUACUCGAUAUUUCUGGGUCUUGUAUUGAUGAUGAGGCUGCUCGCAAAAUUUUGUCGGGGCUUCCUUCAUUGAACAUGUUGGUCAUGAAGAAUUGUGAGCAUUUGAGUGAUUUGUUUAAAGAUGAAUUUGUCGGUGAUAAAAGACUACAAAUAUGCAAUAAUGUUCCAGGGAUGGAUCAAUAUCGUCUUUGA